AUGUCUCAUCUCUUGCGAGCUCUGGCCUGGGUCAAACGGUCGUCGCAGAGCAGCCAAGUCACAAGCUACAUUGAGGAAUGCGCACAGAUCAUUCAUUCUGAUACACUUCCUCACACUGCCGUAUAUGAUGAGUGGCACAGCAGCAUUCGAGCGAUGACGGACUGGUGUAUUUUUCUGUCCAUCCGGAAGGGCACACUAGACGCGCCAGAGCUGAAGCUGCUUUCCGACCAUGUCGGAGAUAGAGGUCAGCCCAUCUCGACAUUCCGGAAGGCGUUGAACAUCCGCGCUCGCAUAGCAGAUGCAGCCUACCUCUACACUCCAUGCACAUCCGAGUCAGCCAAUCUUUUUUGCCGGCUGAGUAACGCCUCUCCUGAGGCCAUUGUGCUGCCCUCCGUUUUCGCGCUAGUUCUCAGGGCCGAGUGCGAGUACUUCUCGAACCUUGCCACUGAAGCAUCUUCGAAUCAGGAGCUACUAUGCCAAGCCAGGACGCGGGCACUCAAAGCUUUUAGUCUACGCUGGAAGGUCCCUGCGCAAUUGGAUGAUGCCGAGACAUGGAGGAGCUUCUUGGCAGCAACGGGAAGCAAUGACGGCGCGAAGAGGCCCGUGUUGCGAGCAAUUUCUGUGGACAUCCUGUUACUCAUUCUACGCAAUGGCCGCCGAGUGCAGUGGGACAUGGAGCACAAAGGGUUCAGUGAGCUUAACUUUUUCCGUGUAUCAGAUACUCUAGGAUAUUGA